AUGAAAGAAUAUACCAGAGAAGAAUUGGAUUUCAUGCGAAGGACCAUGGAAGGCGAAAGUGCCUGGGAUCGCAUGAAGCGAAAGUCAAAAGAAGAGCCGUUGGUCCCCGCAGGCAAACAUUUCCAAGCACCCAUGCUAACUGCGAACGUGGGUAACGUAGGUGUGGGAUUGACUUGCUUUGCUCUUUUGGCUGCUACCGUAGGUGUCAGAACCGGCAACAGAGCCUACGCUAACAACAUGUUUCGUCUAAGAGUGGCUGCACAGGGGUUUACAAUCUUGGCCAUGGUGGGCGGAUCACUGUAUUAUACGUAUAAAGAAAAACAACAAAAAGCC